UUCUGUGUUCAAAGCACUUAUAUUUCUUAUAUGAAAUGUUGCAAUAAGUACAUAAACUUUGCGUGUAUGAAUACUGAAUACCAAGUAGACAGAUUUGGCGUCGUCGUUGAUUUUUCUUGAGCGCACGCACUUUUAUUUAUUUGCAAACUCAAAGUUUGCUUUUCAUUUGGUUGCUCUAGAAAAUCCAGUUUCUUAUUUCUACGUUGUCUGCACGCGCUGUCGUUACCGUAGGUGAACGGAAAUGUUUGGGAGUGGCAGGACUACCACCAAAGAGCGAACACUUUGAACAGCCGUUAGAUAAUGACGCGGUUGUUGAUUUAUGCGACAGGCUAUUAUCUUUAUAGAGCAACCGACGGUCCGGGUCAACUCUGGCACCAUAACUAAACAAACGUCAAACGGUAAAAGAUUAUCAUGAUUUCAGAUUGCUCUAGGCCAAAUUCAUGAAUUGAAAAUUAACAUUGGUAAUUGGAUAAUAAUAACCGGGGGAUUCGGAACUCCCUUGUGAUUUGAAAUGCGACGCCAGGCAAGGUGUGCCCCAUUUGGGGCGUGCCACAUUCAGUUGUCGCUCGCAUGUCAACGCCACAAUUACGAAUCUCUAAUGCUGGUUCCACUUGUGUGGCUCUGCUGCUGUUGCUUCUCCAGCUAACAAAUCGUAGAGCAGAGGCUCAUGGGUUCGGUCUCAACCUGAUGCAGCUGCCCAACGAAGAUAAAUCGCAGGUGGCAUGCGUCUCGGCGCUGUUGCAAAAAUAUUUCCACUCCGGCGAUGCACUCUCCGGCGCAGUGCUCUGCGUGGCCGUCACCCCAAAUACGCCCGAUAUGCUGGAUCAGCUGAUGCUGGCUCUCAAUCAUCAUCAGAGCUACACGUGGAGCAUUCUAGUAACUUUUCCAGGAGAGGAUCGAAAGUCGAAAUCCAAUUUACACAUAAUGCAUGAGAAGCCGCAAUGUUAUUUCGUUAUUGUGGAGGACUUGGAUGAUGAUGAUCUGGACGGGGCAAUCGGCAAUUGGCGUCAAAUGCUUAACUGGAAUCCGUUGGCACAGUUUGUAGUCUUUUUGGCAUCUGUAGAAGAAUCGGAUGAAGAGAUGACCGAUUUGAUGGUGGAGAUACUGCUAACAUUUAUGAGCAACAAGCUCUACAAUGUGAAUGUGCUUGGACAGAGCGAAGAGAAUAGCUUCUACUAUGGCAAGACCGUAUUUCCGUAUCACCCGGAUAAUAAUUGUGGAAAUCGUGUGAUCGUCGUAGAUCUGUUGGAUGCAUGCGGCUAUGAGGAUGAUACGGAUGAUGAGGAAUCCGAGAGUGAUAGUGACGACUACGAAGAUGAUGAUGAAGACACAAGCUUUGAUGACGAUAAUGAAGAUGACGAAUCCUUAAGUGAUAAGAAAGCAGUUACUGAAAGCUUGCCUGAAGCGGAAGAAGAUGCACUUGAUGCCAGCUCAAAUACUGACUUUGAAGCUGAUGCUACGGGAGAUGAAAUGAUGAAUAUGCACGCAUUGACUAUGGAGAACAGUGCUGAAACGGACAACAUUGAUGAGUCUUCCAAUGAAACAGUUCGAGUUCAGUCAGCAGCUUCCAUUGAGGAAUAUAUGCGCGCUCUGUUUGAAGACAAAUUCCCAAAAGAUCUGAGCGGCUGUCCCAUUAAAGCCGCUUAUCGUGGUCCCUGGGAGCCAUACAUAUUUGUCAGUGCCGAGACGACUGUGCCAGAGGUGGACUAUUACGGCGCAGAUGCUGCAGGCAAUGCAAGCGAGCAAAACUACGAUGAAGGCCUUGAUGUAGAGGACUAUACUCUAGAGAGUGACAGUCCUGACAGUUCCGCGGCCGAUGAACCGGUGGAUUUCAGCAAGUUGAAUGGCAUCGAGUUUCAGCUGGUGCAGACCAUAGCUCAACGCCUACACAUGUUCAUCGACUUCAAGAAGAAGAGCUCCAAUGUGUUUCAUCUAUUCAAUCUACUGAUAGAUGGUCGAGUCGAAAUGAUUGUCGGAGGCAUUGGUGAGGAUCCCAGCACUACCCAGUUUGUGUCCAGCUCCACAUCGUACCACCAGGACGACCUGACCUGGUGCGUGGCCAGGGCCAAGCGCAAGCACAGCCUCUUUAACUUCUUGGCCAGCUUCGAUGCCAGUGCUUGGUUUUUAAUAUUGUUCUUCAUUAUUAUCAGCUCGAUAGCUAUGCUGAUGACUGAGCAGCUAUCUGGCUUUCAGAUCAGUAAUCAGAACAACUAUAUAUCUAUUUGCCUGCGUAUGCUGGGCAUACUGCUAACGCAGUCCAUUAAUGUGAAUGCUCGAAGAUUGUCUUUGGCACCGCGGUUAAUUUUUCUGAUGGCCUUCUUGUUGGCCUUCUUCUUCAGCAACACCUAUCAGAGUUUCCUGAUAAGCACACUGACCACACCAACUACAGAGAGCCAAAUAACCCAAAUGGUGGAAAUCUAUGACCAACGCAUGACUAUUAUGGUCAGCUCUGAGAACAUGCGGCACCUGAACAAGGAGGGCGAGAUCUUUAAGUACAUUCGCGAAAAGUUCGAGAUCUGCUAUAACAUUGUGGAUUGCCUCAACUCUGCUGUCGACAAUGAGCAUCUUGCCGUGGUCGUCUCACGGCAGCACGCCCUCUACAAUCCCCAUAUACAGCGGAACAAGCUCUUCUGCUUCGAUCGUCGUGAAUCUUUGUAUGUCUACCCGGUGACCAUGCUGCUGCCAAAGAAAUUCCAUUUGCUGCCCCACAUCAAUGCGGUGAUUCAGCAUGUCAUAGAGUCGGGUCACAUGCAGAAGUGGGCACGCGAUCUGGAUAUGGUGCGCAUGAUACAGGAGAAGAUCGCACGUGUCCAGGAAGAUGCCUUCAAGACGCUGACACUGGCCGCAUUUAAAGGCGCCUUUGCCUUUGCCAGCCUCCUCCUACUGCUGGCCACCAUUGUCCUUGUCCUCGAGUGCCUAAUCUAUGGGCUGGUGGUUAGAUGUCGCACGCGGCUCCGGCUUAUACGCUACUUGCAUCGUCGCUUGGGCAAGCGACUAGGCUAAAGUUGAUAUAUUGCGCAUACGCCCCCCUACAUCCAGCUGUGGACAU